AUGGCUGAUAGAUCGCCUCUCCGUGGCUCGUCUCUGGGAAGCCCAGACGUCUUAUUUGAAGCCCAACCGGCGGCAUCGGACUAUCCAGCUAGACGGAAAAUAACAGCCCAUUCUUCUACAGCUUCUGAUGGUCGGCUUGUAGAGGGAAGCCGGCUGCUCCAUGAAAGAGCCGUUGUUCUACCCUUGGACGAAUAUGCAAUAACUGAAAUUCUGGUCUGCAGCGCCCUCAUAAGCACAUACCGUUUCAUCACAGGGCUCCGUUUCAGACUUCGUCAUCUCACUACUGGAGCCGAGAAGGGAAUUUCUCUGGGAUAUGUGCCUGCCACUCGCAACACAGUACAAGUUGAUCCUUUGAAUCGGGUGACAGGGUUUGAGUUGGCUGUUUGUGCGCGUGGCAUCCAAGCGGUCAAGGUAAUCCUGGAGGAGGACUGUGUCGGUGCUCGACCUCCCUGGGUUGGGGUUCAAGGCCACGGACAGGCCCCGGUUGCGGUAGGUUCCUUGAAUUUUGGGCAUGCACGCCGAGGAGUUCGUCUUGUUGCUUGCUUUGAUUCAUUGAAGAUGUUUGGACUUGGGGUGGUUGACGCCAGUGUUCCAGAAACGGAAAUCCGGCAUGUUCUGAAGCCUCAACCGGUCUGGCCGCCAUCACAUCCGCGGGAAACGGUUGCUCUUUUGCCUCAGCCGCGCAUCAGUCCACCUCGAACUUUCAGUCCAUUUUUGAACAUCGAUUUUGGUGGCCUGUAUGGGGAAAGACUUGUGCAUCUUGUCAAGAUGGUGGCACAUCUAUCCAAAAAUUCGGCAGCUACCGCGCAGAGUGCCCUUUUGGUUCAGGCUUGGACUAGAAUCAAGGCCCGGCCUCCUCUUCCCAAAUUAAGCAUUCCGAUGCCGACAGGGGGAUGUGUGCCGGAAUCAAAUGAGCUAAAACCGGCCCUCGGGCAGCGUAUAACCGGGUUUACCGCCGUCCUUGCAGCCAAUAACUACUCCUUCCAGUCCUUUGGUCUGCAGUGCGAGGAGAUAACAUCACAAUCUGUGGAUCCACAGGCGAGUCUGAAAGAGAUCAAGAAAAUCCACUUCUCAGGUGGUGAUCCGGAGGGAGAAGAGCCCCAGAGAGUGAUUCCUGGGCUUCGUUUCGACUAUCACAAAGGAUCUAGUUCAAAGCUUGGCAAGUGCUUCCCUGGUGGCCACUCCAUGGACUUAUCGGAAGGGGAGAGAAUAGUUGGAAUCACUAUCAGGCUCUCAAAGAUAACGGCCUCCAUUAAGAGACCAUUUCAUCUUGGCCGGGUGGCUCGGAUGGAAGUAGUUACGUCCUUAUCCAAGGCUAUAUCCCACCCCAAGGGCGCCCAAAUCAACGACGAUGAACAUGUCAUUCUGUGGAUCCGGGAGAAUCAUCCCGAGGAGCUGGAUUUUUUUGUAUGGAAAUAUAACCGAAAUCUGGAUGACCUCCGUGUCUUGUCCAGCCCCAAGACCCCAAACACCAGGAUUCGUUUUGGCAUUCAAGGUAGUUUUCUGAGGAGCCUCGGUGGAAACAGUGUCAAGCAAUAUGGGCUAAUCUGCAAAGCGUGCUAUUGGCGGAGCCUGACAAACACGACAUGCUUGCCUCUGUAA